AUUCGUGGCUCCGCGGCUGAUUCAACAUGUUCGUCUAUUGAUGGUGCCUUGAACAUUUGGCUCAGAAGAGACUAACGUGCUGUCCGUCGAAGGUUUCAAAAUGGCUUCAGCUUACUUCUGGAUUCCAAUUUUAUCAGCCGCUGGAAUUAUAGCUAUUUGCAAUGUUAUAAUCAGCUUAGUGAAGAGCUAUCGCCGAGCAAGACACCUAGCCGUGUUUCCCUCAGCACCAAGUGACUGGUUUACCGGGCAUCGCAAACACGUAAGGCUUUUUAUAUUCUUCACGAUAGAGACUUAUUGAUAUACAGCCGAUGUUACAGUUUGUCUUUACUUUUACAUUACUUGUUAUGUUAAUUCUGACGACCACGAGAUUAUUAUAGCAGCAUUAAGAAUAUGAAGUGACCGGCUGAUAUUCUAAAGCUUUAAACCGUUUAUAAUUAUUAAAGUUAAAAUUUUUCAUGUCGGAGCUUUCAUGAACCGUCAGUCAACGGCACACGAAUCGACUGAAGAAAAAUUCAGGUUUGGAACAGUUUUUGUUCAGUUUAUUUCAGUCUCCGAUUGUCUCGUGACUACUGCUGUUUUCUUGAAGUGUGAUUAUAUUUGGCAUUCAUUAAUAUGCGAAGUCACGCAAGUCACGCAAGGGAAGAAAAAACAGUGAAAAAACACUGGUUUUAGGAGUCAGUGCUCUAGCCUGAACCCUUUGAGUCGCAAACUCUUCUUUCUCGGGUGUUCGCGACUCGAGGAGAUGGCUGAAAUUCAGGCUAUCGGUGCUCUAGACAUGUAGACAAUUUGAUAAAGAAUAAAAAAGUGAAAGAAAUAAAAACGGUUGCACUGUGUGUUUUCGAAAACCCAAAAAGGAAUCGUACCGAAGGUUACGACAAGAUCGCAAAACAAGCCCAGAUCGCCCUAAAAACACAAGAAAACACAAAAUAUAACAGCAUAAUUAAGUUUAUUUUAUUUCUGUUCUUCACAAUAAGGCUAAGAUAAAGGGGUAUUUUUUUGUAUUUUUAGUUUCCUAGUCUUCUCGGAUAAAGAUGAAAAACCGCCAAGGAGUGGAUGAAAAGACAUUUAUAAUUUUAUUUGUAUCUUCUUGAGACAUGCGUGUCGUGCGUUAUGUUUUAAACGAUUGGAGAGCGUUUCCCUUACGUGACCAGCAUAUAUGCAAAUUUAUUGGAACAAAAGAAAGCGUUUCAACGCCCAUAGGAAUGGCUUGGUCUUGGUAAAUCAGUGGGGACCUUGAUAGCCUGAGUAUCAGGCCUUCCUAAGGGGCUAGGGGAGAGGAGAUUCCCUUUUUCGUUUCCAUCUUACCCCUUUUCCCCCAGAAACGCCAGAUACUCCGACCAGGACCUUGAUGAUCUAACAUUGGCGACCCCAAUGAAAACCUAUUGCUUGCAAGUCUUGAUCCACCAAAAUUCAAGUUGGUGGUUGCCACGAAUCCUGCGCCCUCCCCCCCCCCCCCCCCCCCCCCCCCCCUUUUACCUCCCCCCCCCCCCCCCCAAAGGCGGGGGGGGGGUGUGGGUUUUUUUUUAACACAACCACAAAACCAGCGUUAGUUCACAUUUAAAAAAUCUCCCUUACAAUUCCUUUUUUCUUUUUUUUGCUUAAAAAAUCCCCCAACCCCCCCCCCCCCCCCCCCCCCCCCACUUCUCUCUCCAUUGUACUUGCCCCGCCACUUGCACAAUGGUGGGGGUACGGUUUGAAUUUGAUCUUACAACACCUCGAAACACUGACUUGGUUACAUUUAGAAAACGUUACUCUUCAAUCCCUUUUCUUGUUGUUUAGAUAAAGAAUCAUGAUGGGGCCUUGUUGAAGUUCCAUGUGAGAUGUGCUACGGAAUUCAAAAAGUGCUACGUUGAAUGGCGGAGUCCUACAGUAGGAUUUCUAGUUCUUUGCCACCCAGACACUGUUAGGGUGGUCCAGAGUAGUAACGCCCCUAAAGCACCUACUUACAAUUUUGUAAAGCCUUUCAUAGGUAUGUACGGCAUACUUUAUUAUUGGUAAAAAUAAUCCAAGAGGACACAAUGUGUCUAAUAUGCCUACUGUCUUCUUUAAAAAUAGCCUCUAGAAGACGUUUAGUUAACUUAGCCUCUGUACAGAACCCCUCCCCUCAAAAAAAAAAAAUCGGGGAGAGUGUCUCUCCCUGAUUUUUUCUCAGAGGGGAGGGGCGUGUCUGUACACAGGCCAGUGUAAACAUAGCCCAAGUAGUUGGACAUGAUCGUCAGGGGGAGUGUAGACCUAAUUAGGACUGUUGUUGACAGUGACUCUUGUUUUGAUAACCUGUGUGGUAGUCACUAGAGUCAACUUGCUUUGUCUAUCCUAAUUUUGUCUAUCCUAAUUUGGCCAAUUGAGUCGCGAUGAUUUUGGUCGUCUUUCCGUUAAGUUCUGAUGUUAUUGGCUGUGAAAACGUUUGCUUUGAGUGGUUCAUGAUACAAUUCCGAUUGUGAUGUCUAUCGCUGUAGAGUUAGUCAAAUUUCUCGGUUUUGUUCAGUGAGUUUAUUGUUCUGUAAAGUCCCGGGGCUGUGUAUACUCUGCCCUGAGGUCAAACCCCUUACCCUGUUUUAUACCCUUUUGACUGAAAAGGUACCCCUUCCUUAUAACUUCCUAUUGGCAAAUGGUACCCCUUUCACAUACCUAUAGCUUAGAACUUUGUACCCUUUGAAGUGCUGUAAAUGCUCUGUCUUGAAUAAACCACAAAAUUAGAACGUUUUUUGACAUUUCACAGCCAUAAAAUGCAUCUGUUAGCGUUUUGGGCUUUGUAAAGACUGAAAUGACAGAUUUUCCUACCCUUUCACAUACCUCAACUAGUAAAAUCCCUACCCUUAACGUUCAUCUUCCUGAACCCUAAAAAAGGUACCCUUUUCGGGCGGAGCCUCCCCUUAUAGGCCAUUAUAAGGAGUUCCCCCCGGGCCUUGAAUUUGUAAAUACGGCGUUUCAUUUAGGGGAUGCCAAAACCAAAGUUUGGGUGUGCCCUACAUUUUAUUAUCAUAUGACUCGUACGGCCCCGUCGUAAUUUCGUCGGAAAACCGUAUGAAAAGAAGUCCGGUGUAAGGGCCGUAGGUGUCAAGUGAUUGGCCCGAAAAACGGGUACGGCUCUGGUAGAAAAGCGUGCUAAUCGACGAGUCAGAAAAAUUAAAAAACACAACGGUCAUAUGAUAAGAAUGCUUAUUGACUGAGUUAGGUCGGGCCGUAAGGAAAAAUAUUUGGCUCUCGGUCAGUACUCACGCACCUCGCUGCACUAGGUCCGUGCGUCCUGCAAAUAUCCCCUCCUCAACUCAGUCAAUAAGUACAUAUUAUUGACCCUAAUAUGUACCUCUUCGGCGUCUUUCAUUUUUUAAAGGAGAUGGGCUGAUUGCCUCUAAUGGAGCUAAAUGGUUCAGAAUGAGACGCCUGCUGACUCCAGCGUUUUAUUUUGAAAUUCUUAAAUCUUAUGUGGGAGUUUUUCAAGAGUCCACGAAUGUUCUCCUUGUAAGUACCCAAGGGUCUAAUAAUAAUGACAGACCUUCUUCACGAUACCUGCCAUCUUUAUACGCGCUUGAGUAGAGACAGGAUAAAAGUAAUGUCACUUGGUAUUUCAGGGGGCAAACGAGUGGUAGAAUUUGCCAAUACGAGUAAUCGCAGUCGAGGUUUUUUUAUUCUCUGAAAACAAGACGACGAUUUUUAUCUUCCAAAAUCUACAGUUCAAGUUUCAAAACGAUCUACGUCCGUAUUGCUCGUUGUGAGGACAUCAAUUUACAAUCGCUAUACUGCAUCCACCAUUUGCUUUUAUUAGUCCUAUUAGUACUUUAUACAUCAAUUCAGAAGAUUAAAGGAAGGCAUGACCCAUUGGCCCCGGCCUCAAGUGCCUCAAUAGUACAACUGUUGGAGACCGUGCUUUUAACAGUUUAGAUCUUCUUAUCUGCCCAGUCCAGUUUGCUGACUUUAAAAAAAUCUGGUCCACCAAGCGGACUAAGAGACUUGGAUAAUGGAUCGAAAAACUGGGGAUUAGGGUUAGGAUUAGAUAGGACUGCUACAGAAAGCUACGCUAUUAGGAACAGCUAGGAUUCUAAGGAGGGUGCUUGACUUCUAAGUACCGGGAGAGUGUUCCCAACGGACCCGUGGGCAUUGGUUAUGAUUCGCUCCCUUGGGGUGUUUGUCGGUAUGAGAACACAAUAAUAAUGAUACUACUACUACUACCACUACUACCACUACCACUACCACUACCACUACCACCACCACCGCCACCACCACCACCACCACCACUACCACUACUACCACUACCACUACCACUACCGCUACCGCUACCGCUACCGCUACCGCUACCGCUACCGCUACCGCUACCGCUACCGCUACCGCUACCGCUACCGCUACUUAAUAAUAAUAAUCUGAGUUAGGCCACAUCAUAGGAUUUCAUUAAAAGGCUCACAAGCUAGAACCGUCCGCGAAUUAACUGGCGCAGGGCACACCUCACUUGCCGGAAUGAACAACUAGGCAUUUUUAUUGUCUUUUUAGGAGAAGUGGUCUUCACCGGUCAAAGGAGAGGUGGAAUUGUUUCAUCACACGAGUUUGAUGACAUUAGACUCCAUCCUUAAGUGUGCCUUAAGUUACCAUAGCAACUGUCAAACUGAAGAGUAAGUAACAUGUAUUGUCAUUUACCUGGGGUUUAGCGCGUCCUUCCAUUGGUUUCUUGGAAGUCACAUGAUUUCCAACAUAAAACUGUUUCGUGCCAACAGUCUUUGAGCGAGAAACAAUGCAAAAUGUAUGACGUCGAAAUUAGUUAUCUGUAUUAACACCAAAGAAAAUGUCUUAUGAGAGCCCGAGAAAAUAAAUCUCAAAUUCCUCAAAAUGACACCUUACAGAUGAAAUUUUCAGCAUUUUAGCUGUGUUUUCACGAUUCUUGUGAAAUUUGACAUUCAUUUUUUCGGGCUCCCAUGAGAAAUAGUCUUUGGUGUUAUUACAGAUAACUAAUUACAUUUUAUAUUUGCUGUCAUCAUUUCACGACAAAGACUUUUGCUCUCUACAGGAAAAAGAACUCCUACAUAAGUGCAGUGUACGAUGCAGUGGACGAAUUUUUUAUCAGAGUUAUGUAAGUGAAGUUAUUUUGAUCCCGGGGGAUACUCUCUUAUGUAAGCCAUAAAGGUAUACGCAGCGCGAAAGGUAAUGGUCUUUACUUUCUUGCGGUCAUACGGUACGUUUACAAUAUGCCUGAUGGAUCUUGCGCCGGCUCGAAACCAUACUGGAUAGGGCUUCCGCUCUUACACUUAAGAACGGUGAUUUCGACACAGUAUCUGUGUGGUAACGAAGCUGCGCUGUCUUCAUUUCGAAAGUCGAGUGUCACAUAUCGCAUUAUUUUAUAGGCUUUGUGCCUCAUUUUGACGCAGUCUGAACAGGUAUUCGGACCGUAGCAAAAGUGAAUAAAUAGGAGCGAGGACUGGAAUCCACUGAGACGGAAGUAAAUGUUGAGGAGUGAGAACUGACAUUUAGUUCACGAUCGGUCAACCGCUCAGGCACGACGUUCGAUACGUGCAAACAGCUUGUUCCAGUUCUGUACCUGGCGGGCGUUGCUGUUCAUUCUAUACCAGAUACCUUUGGUGCUGACACGAACAGCUAUCCAAUAUAUCGUGAAUAUGACCCUUAAACGGUUCGUAGAUUUGAACUUGCCUAGUCCCUAGGCCUCAUUAUUAUGCGCGGCCGAUGUGUUUCGGGUCACGUGGUUCGAGAUUCGUCUCGGAUACGUCACCGAAAUGCAUUGACCGAGAGGGCCUGGAAAGACGCCGUACGGGGACUAGGCAAGAUUUGAACCAUUAACUGAUACAGUUACCGAAUAAGAAGACCAAAUAUCUAGAAUGUUGAUAAUUCCCGGGCGCCCUCCCCCUCUUUCCUCCCUCCAAGUAUUCAUCGUACUUCUAAGCAAGUAAGUUUUCACAUUCCCUUUAAGGUCAUUUUUCAGUGACAACCCGAAGAAAUGACAGUAAUUUGAACGACCUUAAUCGUUAUUUUUAUCAAAAGUCACAAAAUUUUUAUUUUUGCAAUAGGGUUAAUCUAUGGUUUUGAUAAAAAAAUUUGCAAUUUCUUCAUUCCUUCUUUCUAGGAAAAAUAGGCCGACUUAAGAUGGGAAACUACUCUUUCUAUAAUAUAAAAACCUGAUUAAAGAAAAUAGCAAAACUUGCAUCUUUCCAAAGGGGUUCGUCCAUAGUUUUUGGCAAAAAUUUUAAAUUGCGUCAUUGUUCCUUUAAAGCUAAAAUAGGCCGAACUACAAUGUUUGGUGAAGUCUCAGAUAUAAAACUAACCAUUCUAGACUAUAAAAAACUCAACUGAAGAAAAUCGCAAAUUCCGAUUUUUGCAGAGGGGUUAGUCCAUCGCUUUUGUAAAAAUUGUAAUAAGGUUUAUGCAUUCUUUCUUUUUAGCAAAAAUAGGCCAAAUAGAAGAGUUUGAUGACGUUCUAGAUAGAGAACUAGCCUUUCUAGACAAUAAAAACAUCGAUUUAAAAAAGUCGCAAAAUUUGCAUUUUUCCAAAGGGGUUAGUCUACGGUUUUGGUCAAAAAAUGUAAAUUUCUUCAUUUUUGUUGUAAACUGAAAUAGCCCGAAUUAAAAUGACUCUGGCGUUUUGGAUAUAAAACUAACCUUUCUAGACUAUAAGAAACUCGAUUUAACAAAAUCGCCGAAUUUGCAUUUUUCCAAAGGGGUUAGUCUAUGGUUUUGGUAAAAAAAUGUAAAUUUCUUCAUUUUUGUUCUAAACUGAAAUAGCCCGAAUUAAAAUAUUUCUGACGUUUUGGAUAUAAAACUAACCUUUCUAGACUAUAAGAAACUCGAUUUAACAAAAUCGCCAAAUUUGCGUUUCUCCAAAGGUGUUAGUCCAUGGUUUUUGUGAAAAAAUUCUGUUUUCUUUAUUCUUUCUUUUUAGACAAACUAGGCCAAAUAAAAGUCUCGGUGACGUUCUAGAUAGAGAACUACCCUUAAAAGACUAGAAAAAGAUCGAUGUAAAAACGCGGAAAAAUUUGCAUUUUUCUAGAGGGGACAGUCCAUGGUUUUCUUUAUACUUUGUUUUAAGCCAAAAUAGGAAUACUAAAAGUUUUUAGCGACGUUUUAGAUAUAAAACUAAGCUUUCUAGACUAAAAAAACCUCGAUUUAAGAAAAUCGCUAAAUUUGCAUUUUUCCAAAGGGGUUCGUCAAUGUUAUUUGUAAUAAAAUUCUGAAUUUUCUUUAUUGUUUCUUUGUAGCCAAAGUGGGCCAAAUAAAAGUGAUUUCAGACAUUUUAGAUAGACGUCAAGAAUUUCUAGACUUUAAAAACAGCGAUUUAAAAAGCCGCAAGAUUUCCAUUUUCCCAAAGGGUUUCGUCCAUGCUUUUUGUAAAAACUGUUAAAUAUGUUUUUUCUUUCUUUUUAGCCAAAAUAGCACAAAUGAAGUUUUUCGUGACGUUCUAGAUAGAGAAAUAGGCCUUCGAGACUAUAAAAACAUCGAUUUAAAAAAGUCGCAAAAAUUUCAUUUUACCGAAGGGUCCCUGGGUUUGGUCAAAUAUUGUAAAUUUCAUCCGUUUUUCAUUAAAACUAAAGUAGGCCGGGAAAAAAUGUUUGUGACGUUUUGGAGAUAAAAAUAACCUUUGUUGUAGACUAUAAACAACUCGAUUUAAGAAUACCUGUAUCGCUAAAUUUGCAUUUCUCCAAAGGGGUUAGUCCAUGGUUUUUGUCUAAAAUUGAAAUUUUUCUCGUUCUUUCUUUUUAUUCAAAAAAUGCCGAAUAAAGGCGUUUGGUGACCUUCUAGAUAGAAAGGAUAGAAAGCAAGCCUUCGUGGACUAUAAAAACAUCGAUUAACAAAAAUUUGCAAAAUUUGCAUUAUUUUAAAAGGGUUAGCCCAAGGUUUUUGUCAAAACUUCUGAUCUUUCUCAUUAUUACUCCUCAUUCAAAAUCUGCCAAAAAACGUGUCUGGUGACGUUUUAGAUAGAUAAAUAGCCUUUGUAGACCAUAAAAUCAUCGAUUUAAAAAAGUCGCAAAAAUUGAAUUUUUCCAAAGGGAAAUUUUUUGUCAAGAAUUGUGAUUUUCUCAUUCUUUCCUUUUAGUCAAAAUAUGCCAAAUAAAAUUGUUUGGUGCCGUUCUACGCAGAGCAAUAGGCUUUCUAGACCAUAAAAACAUCGAUUAGAAAAAGGCGCAAAAUUUUCAUUUUUUUGUCAAAAAUUUUAAUCUUUCUCAUUCUUUCUUUUUAUUCAAAAUAUGCCAAAAAGUGUUUAAUGACAAUGUAGACCGAUAAAUGGCCUUUCUCGACUAUAAAAACAUCUGUUUGAAAAAGUCUCAGAAUUUGAAUUUUUCCUAAGGGGUUAAUCCAUGGUUUUAGUCUAAAAUUGUAAUUUUUCUCAUUUUUUCUUUUUUAGUCAAAAUUAGGCCGAAUAAAAGUGUUUUGUGCCGUUCUAGAUAGAAAAAUAGGCUUUCAAGACUACAAAAACAUCGAUUUAAAAAGUAGAAAAUUUGCAUUUUUCCAAAGGGGUUAACCCAUGGUUUUUGUCUAAAAUUGUAAUUUAUCUCAUUCUUUCUUUUUACUCGAAAUAUGUCGCAUAAAAGUGUUUGGUGAUGUUCUAGCUAAAGGAAUAGUCUUUCUAGAUUGUAAAAACUCCGAUUUGACAAAGUCGCAGAAAUUGCUUUUCUUUAAAGGGGUUAAUAAACCAGUCCAUGGUUUUUGCCAACAAUUGUAAUCUUUCGCAUUCUUUCUUUUCAUUGAAAAUAUGCCAAAUAAAAGUGUUUAAUGACGUUCUAGGUAGAUAAAUAGCCGUUCUAGACUAUAAAAACAUCAAUUUACAAAGUCAAAAAAUUGGCAUUUUUUAAAAGGGGUUAGUCCAUGGUUUUUGUCAAAAAAUGUAAUUUUGGUCAUUCCUUCUUUUUAGUAGAAAUAUGCCAAAUAAAACUGUGCAAUGACGUUCUAGACAGAUAAAUAGCCUUUCUAGACUAUAAAAACAUCCACUCUAAAAAGUAGCAAAAUUUGCAUUUUUUUAAAGGGGUUAGUCCAUAGUUUUUGUUGAAAAUUGUAAUUUUUCUCAUUCUUUCUUUUCAUUCAAAAUAUGCCAAAUAAAAGUGUUUAAUGACGUUCUAGGUAGAUAAAUAGCCGUUCUAGACUAUAAAAACAUCAAUUUACAAAGUCAAAACAUUUGCAUUUUUUAAAAGGGGUUAGUCCAUGGUUUUUGUCCAAAAAAUGUAAUUUUGGUCAUUCUUUCUUUUUAGUAAAAGUAUGCCGAAUAAAAGUGUUUGGUGCCGUUCUACAUAGAGAAAAAGGCUUUCUAGACGAUAAAAACAUCGAAUAGAAAAAGUCGCAAAAUUUGCAUUUUUCCAAAGGGGUUAGUCCAUGGUUUUUGUCAAAAAUUGUAAUGGUUCACAUUUUUUUCUUUUCAUUGAAAAUAUGCCAAGUAAAAUUUUACGGUGCCGUUUUACAUAUAGAAAUAGGCUUUCUAGACCAUAAAAACAUCGAUUAGAAAAAGUCGCAAAAUUUGCAUUUUUUUAAUGGGGUUAGUCCAUGGUUUUUCUCAAAAAUUGUAAUCUUUUCAUUUUUUCUUUUUAUUCAAAAUACGCCAAAUAAAAGUGUUUAAUGACGUUCUAAAUAGAGAAAUAAGCUUUUUAGACGAUGAAAACAUCGAUUAGAAAAAAGUCGUAAAGUUUGCAUUUUUCCAAAGGGGUCAGUCCAUGGUUUUUCUCAAAAAUUGUAAUCUUUGUCAUUCGUUUUUUUUAUUGAAGAAAAGGCGAACAAAAGUGUUUUAUGACGUUGUAGAUAGAUAAAUAGCCUUUGUAGACUAUAAAAACAUCGAUUUAAAAAAGUCACAAAAUUUGCGUUUUUUGAAAGGGAUAGUCCAUUGUUUUUGUCAAAACUUUUAAGUAAUCUCAUCCUGUUUUUUAGAAAAAUAUGCCGAAUAAGAGUGUUUGGUGUCGUUCUACAUAGAGAUAUAGGCUUUCUAGACAAUAAAAACAUCGAUUAGAAAAAGUCUCAAAAUUUGAAUUUUUUUUUGAAGGGGUUAGUCCAUGGUUUUUCUAAAAAAUUGUAAUCUUUUCAUUGUUUCUUUUCGUUCGAAAUACGCAAAAUAAAAGUCUUUAAUGACGUUCUAGAUAGAUAAAUAGCCUUUGAAGACUAUAAAAAGAUCGAUUUGAAAAAGUCGCAAAAUGUGCAUUUUUUAAAGGGGAUAGUCCAUGGUUUUUGUCAAAAAUUUUAAGUUUUCUCAAAAAAUGUAAUUUUGGUCAUUCUUUCUUUUUAGUGAAAAUAUGCCAAAUAAUAGUGUAUAGUGCCGUUCUACAUAGAGAAAUAGGCUUUCAAGACAAACAUCGAUUAAAGAAAGUGGCAAAAUUUGAAUUUUUCCAAAGGAGUUAGUCCAUGGUUUUUCUCAAAAAUUAUAAUCUUUCUUAUUUUUCCUUUUUACUCAAAAUACGCCAAAUAAAAGUGUUUUAUGACGUUCUAGGUAGAUAAACAGCCUUUUUAUACUAAAAAAAACAUCUACUUGAAAAAGUCGCAAAAUUUGCAUUUUUUUUAAGGGGGUAGUCCAUAGUUUUCGUAAAAAACUGUAAUUUUUCUCACCUUUUCUAUUUAGUGAAAAUAUCCCAAAGAAAAGUGUUUGGUCCCGUUCUACAUAAAGAAAUAAGCUUUUUGGACGAUAAAAACAUCGAUUACAAAAAGUCGAAAAGGUUGUAUUUUCCAAAGGGGUUAGUCCAUGGUUUUUCUCAAAAAUUGUAAUCUUUGUCAUUUGUUUUUUUUUUCAAGAAAUGGCGAACAAAAGUGUUUAUGACGUUAUAGAUAGAUAAAUAGCCUUUGUAGACUAUAAAAGCAACGAUUUCAAAAAGUCGAAUAAUUGACAUUUUUCCAAAGGGGUUAACCCAAGGUUUGGGUCGAAAAAUGGCAAUUUUCUAACUUUUUUGUUUAGGCAAUAUAGGCAAGGAAAAUGUCUUUUACGAUAUUCUAGAACGAAAAAAGGCCUUUCUAGGCUAUAAAAACAAGAAGUUCAAAAAGUCAAAAAACUGACAUUUUUCCAAACGGGUUAACCCAUUCAUUUUUCCAACUUUUUUUUUCAGGCAAUAUUGGCCAGGAAAAUGUCUUUUACGAUAUUCUAGAACGAAAAAACGCAUUUCGAGGCUAUAAAAACCAGAAAUUUAAAAAGUCGAAAAAUUGACAUUUUUCCAACGGAGUUAACCCAUCGUUUUGGUCCAAAAAUGGUCAUUUUUCCAACUUUUUUUUUUAGGCAAUAUAGGCAAGGAAAAUGUCUUUUACGAUAUUCUAGAACGAAAAAAGGCCUUUCUAGGCUAUAAAAACAAGAAGUUCAAAAAGUCAAAAUAUUGACAUUUUUCCAAAGGGGUUAACCCAUGGUUUUCGUCCAAAAAUGGCCAUUUUUCCAACUUUUUUUUUUUUUGAGGCAAUAUUGGCCACGAAAAUGUUUUUUACGAUAUUCUAGAACGAAAAAACCUUUUUCUAAGAUAUAAAAACAAAGAAGUUCAAAAAGUCGAAAAAUGGACAUUUUUCCAAAGGUUUUUCAAAGGUUUUUCAUGGUUUUGGUCCAAAAAUGGCCAUUUUUCCAACUUUUUUUUUUAGGCAAUAUAAGCAAACACAAUGUCUUUUACGAUAUUCUAGAACGAAAAAACACCUUUCUAGGCUAUAAAAGCAAGAAGUUCAAAAAGUCCAAUAAUUGACAUUUUUCCAAAGAGGUUACCCCAUGGUUUUGGUCCAAAAAUGGCCAUUUUUCCAACCUUUUUUUUUAGGCAAUAUACUCCAGAAAAAUGUCUUUUAUGAUAUUCUAGAACGAAAAAAGGCCUUUCUAGGCUAUAAAAACAAGAAGUUCAAAAAGUCGAAAAAUUGACAUUUUUCAAAAGAGGUUAACCCAUGGUUUUGGUCCAAAAAUUGCCAUUUUUGCAACUUUUUUUUUGGGCAAAAUAGGCCAGGAAAAUGUUUUUACGAUAUUCUAGAACGAAAAAAGGCCUUUCAGGGUUUUAAAAACAAGAAGUUCAAAAAGUCGAAAAAUUGCCAUUUUUCGAAAGGGAUUAACCCAUCGUUUUGGUCCAAUAAUGGCCAUUUUACCGACUUUUUUUUAGGAACACAUAUCCCAAGUGAUAUGUGUUCCCCACCUGGGAAACACAUAUCUCUAGUGACAUAAGUUCCCCCACCUUGGAAACACAUAUCCCAAGUUAUGUGUGUUCCCCUACUUGGGAAACACAUAUCCCUAUUGAUAUGUGUUCCCCCACCUGGGAAACCUGUAUCCCUAGUAAUAUGUGUUCCCCCACCUGGGGAACACAUAUCCCUAGUGUUAUGUGUUCCCCCACCUGGGAAACACAUAUCUCAAGCAAUAUCUGUUUCCCAGGUGGGGGAACACAUAUCCCUAGUGAUAUGUGUUCCCCCAGCUGGGAAACACAUAUCCCUAGUGAUGUGUGUUCCCCCACUUGGAAAACACAUAUCCCUAGUGAUAUGUGUUCCCCCACAUGGGAAACACUUAUCCCUAGUGAUGUGUGUUCUCCCACCUGGGAAACUCAUAUCCGUAGUUAUAUGUGUUCCCCUACCUGGGAAACACAUAUCCCUAGUGAUAUGUGUUUCCCUAGCUUAAAAACACCUAUCCCUAGUGAUAUGUGUUCCCCCACCUGGGAAACACAUAUCCCUAGUGAUAUGUGUUCCCCCAGCUAGAAAACACAUAUCUCAAGCAAUAUCUGUUUCCCAGGUGGGGGGAAACAAAUGCCUAGUCAUAUCUGUUCCCCCAGCUGGGAAACACAUAUCCCUAGUGAUAUGUGCUCCCCCUCCUGGGCAACACAUAUCCCUAGUGAUAUGUGUUCCCCCACCUGGGAAACACAUAUCCCUACUUAUAUGUGUUCCCCCACCUGGGAAACACAUAUCCCUAGUGUUAUGUGUUCCCCCACCUGGGAAACACAUAUCCCUUGUGAUAUGUGUUUCCCCACGUGGGAAACAAUUAUCCCUAGUGAUAUGUGUUCUCCCACCUGGGAAACACAUAUCCGUAGUUAUAUGUGUUCCCCUACCUGGGAAACACAUAUCCCUAGCUAUAUGUGUUCCCCUACCUGGGAAACAGAUAUCCCUAGAGAUAUGUGUUCCCCCAGCUGGGAAACAAAUAUCCCUAGUGAUAUGUGUUCCCCAACCUGGGAAACACAUAUCCCUAGUGAUAUGUGUUUCCAACCUGGGAAACACAUUUCUCUACUGUAGUGAUCUGUGUUCCCCCACCUGGGAAACACAUAUCCGUAGUUAUAUGUGUUCCCCUACAUGGGAAACACAUAUCCCUAGUGAUAUGUGUUUUCCCAGCUUAGAAAGACAUAUCCCUAGCGAUAUGUGUUCCCCCAGCUGGGAAACACAUAUCUCAAGCAAUAUCUGUUUCCCAGGUGGGGGAACACAUAUCCCUAGUCAUAUGUGUUCCCCCAGCUGGGAAACACAUAUCCCUAGGGAUAUGUGUUCACCCACCUGGGAAACACAUCUCUCUAGUGAUAUGUGUUCCCUUACCUGGGAAACACAAAUCCAUAGUUAUAUGUGUUCCCCCAGCUGGGAAACACAUAUCCCUAGUGAUAUGUGUUCCCCUACCCGGGAAACACAUAUCCCUAGUGAUAUGUGUUCCUCCCACUGGGAAACACAUAUCCCUAGUGAUAUGUGUUCCCCCACCUGGGAAACACAUAUCUCUAGUGAUAUGUGUUUCGAACCUGGGAAACGCAUAUCCCUAGAGAUAUGUGUUCCCCAUCUGAGAAACACAUUUCCUUAGUGAUAUGUGUUUCCCAGGUGGAGGAACACAUAUCCUUAGUGAUAUGUGUUUCCCUACCUGGGAAACACAUCUCCCUUGUGUUAUGUGUUCCCCUACCUAGGAAACAUAUCCCUAGUCAUAUGUGUCCCCCUACAUGUAUUCGAAAGGGGUUAACCCAUGGUCUUCGUCCCUAAAUGGCUAUUUUUUUUAUUUUUUUAUUUUUUUCAGGCAAUAUAAGCCAGGAAAAUGUCUUUUACGAUAUUCUAGAAGGAAAAAGCACCUUUCUUCGGUAUAAAAACAAGAAGUUCAAAAAGUCAAAAAACUAACAUUUUUCCAAAGGGGUUAACCCAUGGUUAUGGUCGGAAAGUGGCCAUUUUGUGAACUUUUUUUUUAGGCAAUAUAGGCCAAGAAAAUGUCUUUUACGAUAUUCUAGAACGAAAAAACGCCUUUCUAGGCUACAAAAACAAGAAGUUCAAAAAGUCGAAAAAUUAACAUUUUUCCAAAGGGGUUAACACAUGGUUUUCGUCCAAAAAUGGCCAUUUUUCGAACUUUUUUUUUAGGCUAUAUAGGCCAGGAAAAUGUCUUUUAAAUUAUUCUAGAACGAAAAAAGGCCUUUCUAGGCUAUAAAAACAAGAAGUUCAAACAGUCAAAAAAUUGACAUUUUUCCAAAGGGGUUAACCCAUGGUUUUAGUCGAAAAAAGGCCAUUUUUCCAUGUUUUUUAUUUAGCCAAUCUAGGCGAGGAAAAUGUCUUUUACAAUAUUCUAGAACGAAAAAAGGCCUUUCUAGGCUAUAAAAACAAGAAGUUCAAAAAGUCGAAAAAUUGAGAUUUUUUAAAAGGGGUUAACCCAUGGUUUUGGUCCGAAAAUGGCCAUUUUUCCAACUUCUUUUUUUUAGGCAAUAUAGGCAAACAAAAUGUCUUUUACGAUAUUCUAGAACGAAAAAAUGCCUUUCUAGGCUAUAAUAACAAGAAGUUCAAAAAGUCGAAAAAUUGACAUUUUUACAAAAGGGGUUAACCCAUGGUUUUGGUCCAAAAAUGGUCAUUUUCCAACUUUUUUUUUUUGGCAAUGUAGGCCAGGAAAAUGUCUUUUACGAUAUUCUAGAACGAAAAAACGUUUUUCUAGGCUAUAAUAACAGGAAGUUCAAAAAGUCAAAAAAUUCAAAUUGUUCCAAAGGGGUUGACCCAUGGUUUUGGUCCAAAAAUGGUCAUUUUUCCAAUUUUUUUUUUUUUUUCCAAAGGGGUUAACCCAUGGUUUUGGUCGAAAAAUUGCUAUUUUUCCAACUCUUUUUUUUUUUGGCAAUAUAGGCAAACAAAAUGUCUUUUACCAUAUUUUAGAACGAAAAAAAUCCUUUUUAGGUUAUAAUAACAGGAAGUUCAAAAAGUCAAAAAAUUCACAUUUUGCCAAAGGGGUUAACCCAUGGUUUUGGUCCAAAAAUGGUCAUUUUUCCAACUUUUUUUUUUAGGCAAUAUAGGCCAGAAAAAUGUCUUUUACGAUAUUCUAGAACGAAAAAACGCCUUUCUAGGCUAUAAAAACAAGAAUGUCAAAAAGUCGAAAAAUUGAGAUUUUUUCAAAGGGGUUAACCCAUGGUUUUGAUCCGAAAAUGGCCAUUUUUCCAACUUCUUUUUUAGGCAAUAUAGGCGAGGAAAAUGUCUUUUACGAUAUUCUAGAACGAAAAAGGGCCUUUCUAGGCUAUAAAAAAUAGAAGUUUAAAAAGUCAAAAACUUGUAAUUUUUUCAAAGGGUUAAGCGAUGGUUUUCGUCCAAAAAUGGCCAUUUUUCCAACUGUUUUAUUGAGACAAUAUUGGCCAGACAAAAUGCUUUGUUUACGAUAUUCUACAACGAAAAAACGUUUUUCUAGGAUAUAAAAACAAAAAGUUAAAAAAGUCGAAAAAUUGACAUUUUUCCAAAGGGGUUAACCCAUGGUUUUGGUCCGAAAAUGGAAAUUUUUCCAACUUUUUUUUUUUAGGCAAUAUAGGCAAGGAAAAUCUCUUUUACGAUAUUCUAGAACGAAAAAACGCCUUUCUAGGCUAUUAUAACAAAAAGUUGAUAACGUCGAAAAAUUGACCUUUUUCGAAAGGAGUUAACCCAUGGUUUUGGUCCACAAAAUUAUCAUCUUUGCAGGGUUUUUUUUUUUGCAAUAUAGGCCAGGAAAAUGUCUUUUACGAUAUUCUACAACAAAGAAACGCCUUUCUAGGUUAUAAAAACAAGAAGUUUAAAAAGUCGAAAAAUUGACAUUUUUCCCAAGGGGUUAACCCACGGUUUUGGUCAAAAAAUGGCCUUUUUUCCAUGUCUUUUUUUUAGGCAAUAUAGGCCAGGAAAAUAUAUUUUACGAUAUUCUACAACGAAAAAAGGCCUUUCUAAGCUAUAAAAACAGGAAGUUCUAAAAGUCAAAAAAUUGACAGUUUUCCAAAGGGGUUAACCCAUGUUUUUGGUCAAAAUAUGGCCAUUUUUCCAACUUUUUUUUUUUUAGGCAAUAUAGGCCAGGAAAAUGUCUUUUACGAUAAUCUAGAACGAAAAAAACGCCUUUCUAGGCUACAAAAACAAGAAUGUCAAAAAGUCGAAAAUUGACAUUUUUGCAAAGGGGUUAACCCAUGAUUUUGAUCCGAAAAUGGCCAUUUUUCCAACUUUUUUUUUUUAGGCAAGAUAAGCAAACAAAAUGUCUUUUACGAUAUUCUAGAACGAAAAAAGGCUUUUUUAGGCUAUCAAAACAAGAAGUUCAAAAAGUCGAAAAAUUGACAGUUUUCCAAAGGGGUUAACCCAUGUUUUUGGUCAAAAAAUGGCCAUUUUUCCAACUUUUUUUUUUUAGGCAAUAUAGGCCAGAAAAAUGUCUUUUACGAUAUUCUAGAACGAAAGAAGGCCUUUCUAGGCUCUAAAAAAAAGAAGUUUAAAAAGUCAAAAAAUUGAAAUUUUUUCAAAGAGGUUAACCCAUGUUUUUGGUCCAAAAAUAGUCAUUUUUCCAUGUUUUUUUUUUUAGGCAAUAUAGGCCAGAAAAAUGUCUUUUACGAUAUUGUAGAAUCAAAAAACGCCUUUCUAGGCUAUAAAAACAAGAUGUUCAAAAAGUCGAAAAAUUGACAGUUUUCCAAAGGGGUUAACCCAUGUUUUUGGUCAAAAAAUUGGCCAUUUUUCCAACUUUUUUUUUUAGGCAAUAUAGGCAACUAAAAUGUCUUUUGCGAUAUUCUAGAACGAAAAAACGCCUUUGAACGCAAUAAAAACAAGAAUGUCAAAAAGUCGAAAAAUUGACAUUUUUCCAAAGCGGUUAACCCAUGGUUUUGGUCCAAAAAUGGUCAUUUUUCCAACUUUUUUUUUAUGGAAUAUAGGCAAACAAAAUGUCUUUUGCGAUAUUCAAGAACGAGAAAACGCCCUUCUAGGCUAUAAUAACAGGAAGUUCAAAAAGUCGAAAAAUUGACCUUUUUCCAAAGGGGUUAACCCAUGGUUUUGGUCCGAAAAUGGCGAUAUUUGCAAGGUUUUUUUUUAGGUAAUAUGGGCCAGGAAAAUGUCUUUUACGAUAUUCUACAACAAAGAAACGCCUUUCUAAGCUAUAAAAACAAGAAGUUCGAAAAGUCGAAAAAGUGACAUUUUUCAAAGGGGUUAACCCACGGUUUUGGUCCAAAAAUGGCCAUUUUUCCAUGUUUUUUUUUUAGGCAAUAUAGGCCAGGAAAAUGUCUUUUACGAUAUUCUAGAACGAAAAAACGCCUUUCUAGGCUAUAAAAACAAGAAGUUUGAAAAGUCGAAAAAUUGACUUUUUUCCAAAGGAUUUUACCCAUGGUUUUGGUAGAAAAAUGGCCAUUUUUCCAACUUUUUUUUUUUUAGGCAAUAUAGGCAAACAAAACGUCUUUUACGAUAUUCUAGAACGAAAAAACGCCUUUCUAGGCUAUAAAAAGAAAAAUGUCAAAUAGUCGAAAAAAUGACAUUUUUCCAAAGGGGUUAACCCAUGGUUUUGAUCCGAAAAUGGCCAUUUCUCCUACUUUUUUUUUUAGGCAAUAUAGGCAAACAAAAUGUCUUUUACGAUAUUCUAGAAGAAAAAAACGCCUUUCUAGGCUAUAAAAACAAGAAGUUCAAAAAGUCGAAAAAUUGACAUUUUUCCAAAGGGGUUAACCCACGGUUUUGGUCUAAAAAUGGCCACUUUUCCAACUUUUUUUUUUCGGCAAUAUAGGCCAGGAAAAUGUCUUUUACGAUAUUCUAGAACGAAAAAACGCCUUUGUAGGCUAUAAAAACAAGAGGUUCAAAAAGUCGAAAAAUUGAGAUUUUUUAAAAGGGGUUAACCCAUGGUUUUGGUCCGAAAAUGGCGAUAUUUGCAAGGUUUUUUUUUAGGUAAUAUGGGCCAGGAAAAUGUCUUUUACGAUAUUCUACAACAAAGAAACGCCUUUCUAAGCUAUAAAAACAAGAAGUUCGAAAAGUCGAAAAAGUGACAUUUUUCAAAGGGGUUAACCCACGGUUUUGGUCCAAAAAUGGCCAUUUUUCCAUGUUUUUUUUUUAGGCAAUAUAGGCCAGGAAAAUGUCUUUUACGAUAUUCUAGAACGAAAAAACGCCUUUCUAGGCUAUAAAAACAAGAAGUUUGAAAAGUCGAAAAAUUGACUUUUUUCCAAAGGAUUUUACCCAUGGUUUUGGUAGAAAAAUGGCCAUUUUUCCAACUUUUUUUUUUUUAGGCAAUAUAGGCAAACAAAACGUCUUUUACGAUAUUCUAGAACGAAAAAACGCCUUUCUAGGCUAUAAAAAGAAAAAUGUCAAAUAGUCGAAAAAAUGACAUUUUUCCAAAGGGGUUAACCCAUGGUUUUGAUCCGAAAAUGGCCAUUUCUCCUACUUUUUUUUUUAGGCAAUAUAGGCAAACAAAAUGUCUUUUACGAUAUUCUAGAAGAAAAAAACGCCUUUCUAGGCUAUAAAAACAAGAAGUUCAAAAAGUCGAAAAAUUGACAUUUUUCCAAAGGGGUUAACCCACGGUUUUGGUCUAAAAAUGGCCACUUUUCCAACUUUUUUUUUUCGGCAAUAUAGGCCAGGAAAAUGUCUUUUACGAUAUUCUAGAACGAAAAAACGCCUUUGUAGGCUAUAAAAACAAGAGGUUCAAAAAGUCGAAAAAUUGAGAUUUUUUAAAAGGGGUUAACCCAUGGUUUUGGUCCGAAAAUGGCGAUAUUUGCAAGGUUUUUUUUUAGGUAAUAUGGGCCAGGAAAAUGUCUUUUACGAUAUUCUACAACAAAGAAACGCCUUUCUAAGCUAUAAAAACAAGAAGUUCGAAAAGUCGAAAAAGUGACAUUUUUCAAAGGGGUUAACCCACGGUUUUGGUCCAAAAAUGGCCAUUUUUCCAUGUUUUUUUUUUAGGCAAUAUAGGCCAGGAAAAUGUCUUUUACGAUAUUCUAGAACGAAAAAACGCCUUUCUAGGCUAUAAAAACAAGAAGUUUGAAAAGUCGAAAAAUUGACUUUUUUCCAAAGGAUUUUACCCAUGGUUUUGGUAGAAAAAUGGCCAUUUUUCCAACUUUUUUUUUUUUAGGCAAUAUAGGCAAACAAAACGUCUUUUACGAUAUUCUAGAACGAAAAAACGCCUUUCUAGGCUAUAAAAAGAAAAAUGUCAAAUAGUCGAAAAAAUGACAUUUUUCCAAAGGGGUUAACCCAUGGUUUUGAUCCGAAAAUGGCCAUUUCUCCUACUUUUUUUUUUAGGCAAUAUAGGCAAACAAAAUGUCUUUUACGAUAUUCUAGAAGAAAAAAACGCCUUUCUAGGCUAUAAAAACAAGAAGUUCAAAAAGUCGAAAAAUUGACAUUUUUCCAAAGGGGUUAACCCACGGUUUUGGUCUAAAAAUGGCCACUUUUCCAACUUUUUUUUUUCGGCAAUAUAGGCCAGGAAAAUGUCUUUUACGAUAUUCUAGAACGAAAAAACGCCUUUGUAGGCUAUAAAAACAAGAGGUUCAAAAAGUCGAAAAAUUGAGAUUUUUUAAAAGGGGUUAACCCAUGGUUUUGGUCCGAAAAUGGCGAUAUUUGCAAGGUUUUUUUUUAGGUAAUAUGGGCCAGGAAAAUGUCUUUUACGAUAUUCUACAACAAAGAAACGCCUUUCUAAGCUAUAAAAACAAGAAGUUCGAAAAGUCGAAAAAGUGACAUUUUUCAAAGGGGUUAACCCACGGUUUUGGUCCAAAAAUGGCCAUUUUUCCAUGUUUUUUUUUUAGGCAAUAUAGGCCAGGAAAAUGUCUUUUACGAUAUUCUAGAACGAAAAAACGCCUUUCUAGGCUAUAAAAACAAGAAGUUUGAAAAGUCGAAAAAUUGACUUUUUUCCAAAGGAUUUUACCCAUGGUUUUGGUAGAAAAAUGGCCAUUUUUCCAACUUUUUUUUUUUUAGGCAAUAUAGGCAAACAAAACGUCUUUUACGAUAUUCUAGAACGAAAAAACGCCUUUCUAGGCUAUAAAAAGAAAAAUGUCAAAUAGUCGAAAAAAUGACAUUUUUCCAAAGGGGUUAACCCAUGGUUUUGAUCCGAAAAUGGCCAUUUCUCCUACUUUUUUUUUUAGGCAAUAUAGGCAAACAAAAUGUCUUUUACGAUAUUCUAGAAGAAAAAAACGCCUUUCUAGGCUAUAAAAACAAGAAGUUCAAAAAGUCGAAAAAUUGACAUUUUUCCAAAGGGGUUAACCCACGGUUUUGGUCUAAAAAUGGCCACUUUUCCAACUUUUUUUUUUCGGCAAUAUAGGCCAGGAAAAUGUCUUUUACGAUAUUCUAGAACGAAAAAACGCCUUUGUAGGCUAUAAAAACAAGAGGUUCAAAAAGUCGAAAAAUUGAGAUUUUUUAAAAGGGGUUAACCCAUGGUUUUGGUCCGAAAAUGGCGAUAUUUGCAAGGUUUUUUUUUAGGUAAUAUGGGCCAGGAAAAUGUCUUUUACGAUAUUCUACAACAAAGAAACGCCUUUCUAAGCUAUAAAAACAAGAAGUUCGAAAAGUCGAAAAAGUGACAUUUUUCAAAGGGGUUAACCCACGGUUUUGGUCCAAAAAUGGCCAUUUUUCCAUGUUUUUUUUUUAGGCAAUAUAGGCCAGGAAAAUGUCUUUUACGAUAUUCUAGAACGAAAAAACGCCUUUCUAGGCUAUAAUAACACGAAGUUCCAAAAGUGAACAAAUUAAACUUUUUCCAAAGGGGCUAACCCAUUGUUUUGGUUCAGAACUGGUUAUUUUUCCAAUUUUUUUUUUAGGCAAUAUAGGCCAGGAAAAUGUCUUUUACGAUAUUCUAGAACGAAAAAAUGCGUUUCUGGGCUAUAAAAACAAGAAGUUCAAAAAGUCGAAAAAUUGACAUUUUUCCAAAGGGGUUAACCCAUUUUUUUGGUCCAAAAAUGGUCAUUUUUCCAACUUUUUUUUUUAGGCAAUAUAGGCCAGGAAAAUGUCUUUUACGAUAUUCUAGAAUGAAAAAAACGCCUUUCUAGGCUAUAAAAACAAGAAUGUCAAAAAGUCGAAAAAUUGUCAUUUUUCCAAAGGGGUUAACCCAUGGUUUUGGUCUGAAAAUGGCCAUUUUUCGAACUUGUUUUUUUAGGCAAUAUAGCGAAAGAAAAUGUCUUUUGCGAUAUUCUAGAAGGAAAAAACGCAUUUCUAGGCUAUAAUAACAGGAAGUUCAAAAAGUCGAAAACUUAACUUUUUUCCAAAGGGGUUAACCCAUGGUUUUGGUCCAAAAAUGGUCAUUUUUCCAACUUUUUUUUUACGGAUUAUAGGCGAGGAAAAUGUCUUUUUCGAUAUUCUAGAACGAAAAAACGCCUUUGAAGGCAAUAAAAACAAGCAUGUCAAAAAGUCGAAAAAUUGACAUUUUUCCAAAGCGAUUAACCCAUGGUUUUGGUCCGAAAAUGGUCAUUUUUCCAACUUUUUUUUUUAGGCAAUAAAGGCCAGGAAAAUGUCUUUUACGAUAUUCUAGAACGAAAAAACGCCUUUCUAGUCUAUAAAAACAAGAAUGUCAAAAAGGCGAAAAAUUGACAUUUUUCCAAAGGGGUUAACCCAUGGUUUUGGUCCAAACAUGGCCAUUUUUCCAUGUUUUUUUUUUUAAGCAAUAUAGGUCACCAAAAUGUGUUUUACGAUAUUCUAGAACGAAAAAACGCCUUUCUAAGCUAUAAAACAAGAAUGUCAAAAAGUCGAAACAUUGACAUUUUUCCAAAGGGGUUAACCGAUGGUUUUGGUCCGAAAAUGGCCAUUUUUCCAACUUUUUUUUUUAGGCAAUAUAGGCCAGGAAAAUGUGUUUUACGAUAUUCUAGAACGAAAAAACGCCUUUCUAGGCUAUAAAAACAAGAAUGUCAAAAACUCGAAACAUUGACAUUUUUCCAAAGGGGUUAACCGAUGGUUUUGGUCCGAAAAUGGCCAUCUUUCCAACUUUUUUUUUAGGCAAUAUAGGCCAGGAAAAUGUCUUUUACGAUAUUCUAGAACGAAAAAACGCCUUUCUAGGCUACAAAAACCAGAAGUUCAAAAAGGCGAAAAAUUGAUAUUUUUCCAAAGGCAUUAACCCAUUGUUUUCGUCCAAUAAUGGCCAUUUUUCCGACUUCUGUUUUAGGAACACAUAUCCCUAGUGAUAUGUGUUCCCCCAACUGGGAAACACAUAUCCCUAGUGAUAUGUGUUCCCCAGGUGGAGGAACACAUAUCCCUAGUCAUAUGUGUUUCCCCAGCUGGGAAGCACAUAUCUCUAGUUGUAUGUGCUCCCCCUCCUGAGAAAUACAUAUCCCUUUUGAUAUGUGUUCCCUCACGUGGGAAACACAUAUCUCUAGUGAUAUGUGUUCCCCCACCUGGGAAACACAUAUCCUUAGUUAUAUGUGUUCCCCUUCCUUGGAAACACAUAGCUCUGGUGAUAUGUGUUCCCCCAGCUGGGAAACCCAUAUCCCUAGUAAUAUGUGUUCCCCCAGCUGGGAAACACAUAUCCCAAGUAAUAUCUGUUUCCCAGGUUGGGUAACACAUAUCCCUAGUCAUAUGUGUUCCCCCAGCCGGGAAACACAUAUCCCUAGUGAUAUGUGUUUCCCUACCUGUGAAACACAUCUCCCUUGUGAUAUGUUUUCCUCUACCUAGGAAACACAUAUCCCUAGUGAUAUGUGUUCCCCCACAUGUAUUCCAAAGGGGUUAACUCAUGGUUUUGGUCCGAAAAUGGCUAUUUUUUUAAGUAUUUUUUUUUUAGGCAAUAUAGGCCAGGAAUAUUUGUUUUACGAUAUUCUAGAACGAAAAAACGCCUUUCUAGGGUAUAAAAACAACAAGUUCAAAAAGUCGAAAAAUUGACAUUUUUUCAAAGGUUUUAAGCCAUGGUUUUGGUCCAAAGGUGGCCAUUUUUCCAAUUUUUUUUUGGCAAUAUAGGCCAGGAAAAUGUCUUUUACGAUAAUUUAGAACUAAAAAACGCCUUUUUAGGUUAUAAAAACAAGAAGUUCAGAAAGUUGAAAAAUUGACAUUUUUCUUAAGUGGUCAACCCAUUGUAUUUUUCAUCGUUCGUCACAGAGAAAUAGGCUUUCUAGACCAUAAAAACAUUGAUCUGAAAAAGUCGCAAAAUUUGCAUUUUUCCAAAGGGGUUAGUCCAUUCUCUUUCUCAAUAAUUGUAAUCUUUCUUAUUCUUCCUUUUUGUUUAAAAUACGCCAAAUAAAAUUGCGUAAUGUCGUUCUAGAUACAUAAAUAGUCUUUGUAGACUAUAAAAACAUCAAUUAGAAAAAGUUGCAAAAUUUGCAUUUUCCUCAAGGGGUAGUCCAUGGUUUUUGUCAAAAAUUGUAAUCGUUCUCAUUCUUUAAUUCUAUUCAAAAUAUGCCAAGUAAAACUGUUUAAUGACGUUCUAGAUAGAUAAAUAGCCUCUUUAGACUAUAAAACAUCGAUUUGAGAAAGUCGCAAAAUUAGCAUUCUUUUUAUGGGGUUAGUCCAUGGUUUUUGUUUAAAAUUGUAAUUUUUUACAUUCUUUCUUUUUAAUUAAAAUAUGCCAAAUAGAAGUGUUUGGUGACGUUCUACAUAGAGAAAUAGGCUUUUUAGACCAAAAAAACAUCGAUUAAAAAAGUCUUAAAAUUUGCGUUUUUCCAAAGGGCUUAGUCCAUGGUUUUUCUCUUUCUCAUUUUUUCUUUUUAUGCAAACAAUGGCGAAGAAAAGUGUUUAAUGACGUUGGAGAUAGAUAAAUAGCUUUUUUAGACUACAAAAAUAUCGAUUUCAUAAAGUCGCAAAAUUUAUUUUUUUUGAACGGGAUAGUCCAUUGUUUUUGUCAAAAAUUUGAAGUUUUCUUAUUUUUCCUUUUUAGUGAAAAUAUGCCGAAUAAAAGUGUUUGGUGUCGUUCUUUACAGAGAAAUAGGGUUUCUGACCAUAAAAACAUUGAUUAGAAAAAGUCGAAAAAUUUGGAUUUUUCCCAAGGGGUUAGUCCAUUGUUUUUCUCAAAAGUUGUUAUCUUUCUCAUUCUUCCGUUUUGUUCAAAAUGCGCCAAAUAAAAGUGCGUAAUGACGUUCUACAUAAACAAAUAGUCUUUUUAGACUAUAAAAACAUCAAUAAGAAAAAGUCGCAAAAUUUGCAUUUUUCCCAAGGGGUUAGUCUAUGGUUUUUGUCAAAAAUUGUAAUCGCUCGCAUUCUUUCUUUUUAUUCAAAAUAUGCCAAAUAAAACUGUUUAAUAACGUUCUCGAUAGAUAAAUAGCCUCUCUAGACUAUAAAACAUCGAUUUAAAAAGUCGCAAAAUUUGCAUUCUCUUAAAAGGGUUAGUCCAUGGUUUUCGUUUAAAAUUGUAAUUUUUCUCACUUUUUUUUUAGUAAAAAUAUGCCAAAUAGAAGUGUUUGGUGACGUUCUACAUAGAGAAGCCUUUUUAUAUUUUAAAAACAUCUAUUGAAAAAGUCGCAAACUUUGCAUUUUGCAUUUGCAUUAAGGGGGUAGUCCAUGGUUUUUGUCAAAAACCGUAAUUUAUCAAGUUUAGUGAAAAUAUGCCAAAUAAAAGUGUUUGGUGCCGUUCUACAUAGAGAAAUAGGCUUUCUAGACCAUAAAAACAUUGAUUAGAAAAAGUCGGGAAAUUUGCAUUUUUCGAAAGGGGUUAGUCCAUGGUUUUUCUCAAAAACCGUAAUCUUUCUCAUUCUUUCCUUGUAUUCAAAACCUGCUAAAUAAAACUGUGUAAUGACGUUCUUGAUAGAUAAAUAGCCUUUCUAGACUCUAAAAACAUCGAUUUUCAAAAGUCACAAAAUUUGCAUUUUUUUUCCAUGGUUUUUGUCAAAAAUUGUAAAUUUUCUCAAGUUUUCUUUUUAGUGAAAAUAUGCCAAAUAAACUGUUUGGUGACGUUCUACAUAGAGAAAUAGGCUUUUUAGACCAUAAAAACAUUGAUUACAAAAAGUCGCAAAAUUUGCAUUUUUCCAAAGGGUCCAAAGGGUCCAUGGUUUUUCUCAAAAAUUGUAAUCUUUCUCAUUUUUUCUUUUUAUUCAAAAAAUGGCGAACAAAAGUGUUUAAUGACGUUCUAUAUAGGAAAAUAGGCUUUUCUAGAUUAUAAAAACAUGGUUUUGAACAAGUCACAAUAUUGCGUUUUUCCAAAGUUGUUAGUCUAUGUUUUUUGUUAAAAAUUGUAAUUUUGCUUAUUCUUUUUUUAAAGUCAAAAUAGGCCGAGUAAAAGUGUUCGGUGAAAAAAAGUAAAGUAAAAAAAAACAAGUAAAAUUUGCAUUUUUCCAAAGGGGUUAUUCCAUGGUUUUUGUCAAAAAUUGCAAUUUUUCUCAUUAUUUUCUUUUAUACAAACAAGGUGGAUAAAAUGUGUUUGGUGACGCAUUAGGUAGAGAAAUAGCCUUUCUAGACUAUAAAAACAUCGAUUUUAAAAAGUCGCAAAAUUGUCCUUAUUUUAAAGGGGUUAUUUAGUCCACCGUUUUUGUCGAUAAUACCUUUAGAAACAUGCAACCUUUAAAACUUUCCUAUAUCAGUCUACAAGCGCUACAUUUCUGUCUAGAACGUCACCAACCAAUGUUACACGUUCUAUUUUGCCAAGAGAGAAAUAGUCCGAAUGAAAGUUUUUGGUGACGUUCUAGAUAGAGAACUAGUCUUUAAAAAAAUCGAUUUAACAAAAUCGCAAAGUUUGCAUUUUUCUAAGGGGUUAGUCAAUAGUAUCGCAAAAUUUGCAUUUUCCUAAGGGUUUCCAUGGUUUUGCUUAAAAAUUUAUUCUUUCUGUUUUAUCGAAAUAGUCCGACUAGAAGCGUUUAAUGUCCUUCUUGUUAGAAAACUAGGCUUUCUAGACUUUGAUAACAUCGUUUUGAGAAAGUGGAAAGAUUUGCAUUUUUCCAAAUCGGUUACAUGGUUUUGGUGCAAAAUUUUUAAUUUCUGUAUGGUAUGUUUUGAAAUAAAAUAAAUCAACUAAUUGUGUUUAGUGUUGUUUUAUUUAGACUUAUAACAAAUCGGAAAAUUGGCAUUUUUCAAAGGGGUAGGCCAUGGUUUUGGUGAAAAAUUUAAAAUUUGCUCAUCCUGCCUUUUUAUGCAAAACAGGCCGACUAAAAAUGUUUGGUGACUGUCUAGAUUGAAGACUAGCCCUUUUAGACUUAAAAAGAUCGAUUCAGGGAAGUGGCACAAUUUGAGUAUAAAAUUCAUCGAUGAGAUUCGCAAAAUUUGCAUUUUUCCAAAGGGGCUGGUUAGUCCAAUGCUCUGGGUCAAAAACUAUUAAUUUUUUCAUUCUGUAGCCAAUAUACAGGCAAAAUAAACGUUUUGGUGAUGUUCUAGAAACAAAAACUAACCUAUCUACAAGAAAGACGUUAAGAGAGGCACAAACGUUUCAUUUUUCCAAAGGGAUUAGUUUAUGGUUUUGGUGAAAAAUGUGUAACUUGUAGUCUUUCCAGACGAUAAUAACUUCGAUCUAAAGUAUAAAAUCAUCGUUUUAUGAAAUUUGGUAAAUUUCCAUGUUUUUGGCCGAAAAUCUUCCAGUUUGUUUAUGUUUCUCUCUUGGCAAAAUAGAACGUGUAACAUUGGUUGGUGACGUUCUAGAUAGAGAUGUAGCGCUUGUAGACUGAUAUAGGAAAGUUUUAAAGGUUGCAUGUUUCUAAAGGUAUUAUCGAACAUUUUCGAUUGUGUAGAGUUCUUUUUUCUCUAUAUUUAGGAACCCUUGGCUUUAUCCUGAUUUUAUCUAUCAAAUGACCGCAGGAGCAAGAAAGUUUGCUAAAAACUGUGCCCUGAUUCGUAACAAAGCCAAAGAAACAGUCGAAGAGCGGAGAGCUGCUUUAAAAGACACUGUAAGUAUUGCGAACGUGUUGUUUUGCGUAAGAAAGUAAAAAAAAAUAGAUUUAUAUUUUUCUCCAAAAUUAAACCAUCUGAAAGCAAUGGUCAUACUACACAACUGCUUGGUAUAGCGAGUAUCUUACGCAUGCGUGCAACAUAUUCUUAUAUUCCUUGCCUUAUCACAGAGUUGUGUAGUGUGACCAUUGCUUUCAGAUGGUAUAAUAUUUCCAUACACCUGUAUCUUAAUCGUAGUAAUUCACAAAAUGUUACAAAAUUUACAGCUUUUAUAAUUGUCUCCAAAACCUGUGAUUGCUCUUAACCCUUUAAGCCCUAAGAGUGAUUAGUAUCAAAAUUCUCCUUGUGAUAUCAAUGCUUUAUUAUAAAAUGGAUUGGUGAUGAGAAUUAAGGACAUGAUCACACAAGCCACAAUGAGUUGAUACUUCAACAACUUCUCACUACUACUUUUAUAGGAAAUGUAUAGGGACAACAAAUGAGAAUUUGAAUUUUGAUAUUAGAGCUUAAAGGGUUAAUAGUAACUAAUUUCCACCGGGGCUCCCGCUCGUAAUUGAAAGGAAUUAUGGAAAUGAAUGAAGCGACUCUGGAGGUGAGAGAGAAAAGGUGUUUUUGAGCUACGCAAGUCAACUGGAAGUGGACUUUUUGCAUUUUUGGGCAUUGGUUUUGCCAAACUUCUAGGGCAAAUUGUCUCUAUAAGAGAAAAGAUACUUGGCAAUACAAAUUUGUUAACUUUAAGGCACAAUCAAAGGGUAAAUGACCGACUUCCGGUUGACGUAAGUCGUUGGAAUCUGAUUUUGCUUAAGCUCUUUAUUGUGUAGACGCGCAUAUCAUCGCUGUAAGGAGAUAGGAGGGUCGCCGGCCGUUGUUUGACUUUUAACGAUAGACCAUUUUACAGUUGUGAGCUUAGUAUCCCAGCUUUAGAGUGAACGUGAGGCUGAAGUUAGCAUUGGUUUGAUACAAACCUCUUUCCUUUUCUCGUGGAAAUUAUGAAAUUAAAAAUACCAGAAUACCAAAGCAGGAAGGGUUAUAUCAAAAUAUGGUCAACUCCUGCCUGUUUCCACCUGUAACUGUAAAAUGGUCUAUUCACGGACAGAAUGCAUGAGAAAUCGAAGCUUUCAUAAUACUUAUACGGUCAGCGGCAUAUCUCAGAGCCUGCUUUCCUUUUGGUCAGUGUGAGCAGUGGCCCUUUUUGUGCUGGCCCAAAACAGUGGGCUCUGAGGUCUAAAAGGUGUCAUCAGUAAUAGGCCAUUUUCAGAAUAACGUCAAAUUACAUCAAUUAUAAGCAAGAGAACAAAAAAUGGAAGCAGUCUGGUAAUUCUAUAUGGGAAAAUAUCUGACCUCUGAGGCCUUCUUAGAAAUAAUGACCAAGCGCGUAGCCCGAUGUUAUCAUUUUAAGAAGGCCGAGGAGCGAUUGCCAUUAUCUGAUGAAAUGUACCUUUCCACUGUUUUCAAAUCCGCAGGUCAUUAUUGUGGCCACUGAAGUGAAACAGUAGGCUAUUAUUGGCAAUAAAGAGUAUAGAAAAUGAGCAGGUAAAAACAGCUCAAAACAAUUCUUGUGGAUAAUGAAUUAUGUGUAGAAAUAAUAGACAGCAAACGAAAAGUAAAAGGGUAGUCACGUGGUACAAAUUCGCGUUUGCCGUUUGACGUAAACGUGGUGCUUACCCUCUCUAAUAACAGAGAUAUUUAAAGUCACGUUUUCGCCAAGCGUGAAUUUGUACCACGUGACCAAGUUUUCCCCUUAAUUGUCGUUAACUGUUUAUUACUUCUACUCGGAAAAGAGUAUUUUCACACCAGUUUUAUCCGUAAGAAUUGUUCUGGACACUUUUUAUUUGUUUAUUGUCUGUUCUGAGAUUUACUCAACUUGAAUCUGACGUUUGCCGUUUGUCGUAAAUCUGACUCUUAAGAGAGAUUAAGAUUUACGUUUACGGCAUACGGCAAACGGCAAACGUCAGUUGAGAAUUUCUCAGAAUAGAAAAUAAGCAGAUAAAAACAGUCCAGAACGAUUCUUGUGGCGUUUUGACCGUAAUUUGAUGUUAUUUUUGUGUGGAAACAAUAUACAGUAAACGAAAAAUAAGGAGAGAACUUCGUCACGUGGUACAAAUUCACGUUUGCCGUUUGGCGUAAACGUGAAUCUUAAUCUCUCUUUAAUCUCUCUAAUGACCUCCUGUUUCACCUCAGUGACCUGCCUUGCAUUUAUUAAAAGCAAUUAAUGAGCCAUUUGUUCUUUAUUUUUAAGAGUUUUGAGAGUUCUUUGUUUAUGACCAAGGUUAUUAGUGCAUAAUUUGCCACUGGCACAUCUCCCAUAAUGCACCUCAUUUACCCCCCAAAUUUUGCAUAACCUUUGUUUUUCAUUUCCUCUGGGUAUUACAGCCGUCCCAAGAGAAACUGAAAAUAAUGCUUAUGCAAAAUUUUGGAGGGCAAAUAAGGUGCAUUGUGGAAGAUGUGCAAGUGACGAAUAAAGAAUGGAAAUUCCCUUAGGGAAACGUACUGCUUCAUGUUUAGGGGCAUCCCUAGAAUAUUCUACUUAUAACUUCUGCAGGAUGAGCAAGAGAGGAUUCAGAAGAAGAAACGUUUGGAUUUCUUAGACAUCCUACUCGGAGCUAGGGUAAUGCAAAAAUACUAUAAAAUGUGGCGUAUAAGCCCACGGUUUAUGUAUCUUGGCAAGGUGUUUUAAGACUGCUUAUAUCCAAAGGGGCUUGAUAACCGGAAUAGAAAAAUCUCUUUGAAACAAGCUACAGCAGUGCUGAUCACAAACACGUUUUAUAUUAAAUUUUACUGUUUUUCAAUUAAGCUUCAAAAAGUCAUAAAUCGAACAUAUUUCAACAAAUGCGGAACAGAAUUACAGGAGGGCUUAUAUCCCGCGGGGAGUCCUUGUAAUCGCAUGUAUAUUUUUGUUACAGGUAGCCUAUAACUGGGGAGUGGGCUUAUAAGCAACAGUUUACGGUACACCUGUAACUAGAAAGCCUAUUCACCAUUGUCACCUAGACCAUAAUGUUCCUUGUUUACCCCCCAAAAUUUUGCAUAACCAUUGUCUUCGAUUUCUCUUGGGACGACUGUAUUACCCAGGGGAAAUUGGAAACAAUGGUUAUGCAAAAUUUUGGGCGGUAAACGAGGUGCAUUGUGGUGUAUGUGAAAAUGGUGAAUGCAGGCGUUUUAAAGUCCUGAGUGACGAUCAUGCUGCUGCUAGACAAAGAUUCUUUUCCUUUUUUCACAAGUUGUGUACGACUUUUUGACUGCUUUGAUGUGUUCCGUCUCAAGCAGAACCAAUCUUUUGGAGAACGAUUAUCACAACUUGAAAGGUUUAAUCAAUCAGUAAUCCUUUAAAAAAUGCAUGCAACCCAUCAAAUGAUGUUGAAAACAUGUCAAAAAAUGCCAAAAAUUUUGUUUAGUGGCGCCACCGUAAUCACAACUUCUACCUUAGCGUCAAGUUGCCGUUAUAAUAAUUGUUGCAUUUUUUGCUCUAUCAAACACUAAAAAACAACCACCAUACAAGACUUUUUCAUUAUGCUGCAGGAUGAACAUAGGAAUGGUUUGUCCGAGGAGGAAAUAAUUUCAGAAGUCAUGACCUUCAUGUUUGCGGGACACGAUACAACAGCCAGCUGUGAGUAAAACUAUAAAUUUAGAGGAAAAUUCUUAAAAGUGGCCCUUCUUCCUAAAUACUGUUUUUUUUUUUUUGCUUUCUGACAAAUGGCCAUUUCUGUAUUAAUUAAAAUGAAAUAAGACUUAGUAGCAAUGCAGUGCUAAUUGGGGACCCUGGAAAAUACAGCGUGAAACAAACAAACUAGAUUAGAAAGUUGUAUAAAGAAUUCCACCCGUUGGGAGAGUUUUGUGUUCGUUGGUUUUACUGAUCCGUUUAAUUUAGAAAGUGCCGCCAUCUUGAAUUCGGAAAAAACAUUCCUUUUUGUUCAAUUCCAAAGCUAUCUCUUGGACAUUGUACAACUUGGCACGGUUUCCAGAACACCAACAGAAGUGUCGGCAGGAAAUUGAAGAGGUGUUUGGAGAGAAGGAAGAGUUUGAAUGGUUAGUGUUGAUGUGAAGUUUCUAACUAUCCUAUUGCACAUACUGGGUAACUUGCCCAGUCCUUAGGCGCCAGUGUUCCGCGCGGUCUGUGCCAUUCAGGUCACGUGGUCCGGGCGAGUUUGUGAGAGCUUCUCCCCACCGUUCUAUAUCAACCGAAAAGGCCUGGGAAGGCGCAUCUUGGCCGGGUAUCUGCACAGGAAUGAACGGAUUUAGAGAUGGGGUGGCGGAGGGGCAACGGUCCUCUCCUCUAGUUUGAAAUGUUGGUUUUAAAAUUUCUGAAAAUUCGAUCUGUUUUCCAGGUCCUUUAUUUCUGGACACAAUCGCUCUUAGAGUUCUUUAACCAUUACCAAGUAUCCAUAACUGGUACUACCAAAUACUUCGGAUCCCUCUUUCUCUCUGCAGGCGAUACCUUUAAGAGAACCUGACCGGAAUGUCUUUGCAUAGAGGCCUACAAGUUUUAAUAUUGUUCUUUUACGAGUAUGCUUAUCUUGUCUUUAAUAGGAAUGAUCUCAACAGACUGAAAUAUCUUCAACUAUGUAUUAAGGAAUCUAAUCGGCUUCACAGCGUAGUUGUUUCUACCAGUCGCGUGUUAGACAAGCCCUAUGAGAUAGACGGAAAAGUGGUACCAGAAGGUUAGUUGCUGAACUGAAGCUCAAUUUAAAAAUUACAGGCGAACCUCAAAGUGCGACCACCUCCCAUAAGCGACCACCUAUCCAAAACACCAAAAUUUUCCCAGUCAAAUCACCACGGUUGCAACCUUGGUAAAAUGACUACCUCUCUCGUAAGCGACCGCGACCACUUUUUUGGAAGACGGUUGUAGAAUUUCCGAUUAUUUUUAUCCUUCUAUAAGCGACCAUUUAAGGCAUUGUUUGAUCUCUAUGUUCGUUGUUUGCACUACGAUGGUAAGGGAAUGCGAUGUAUGUUCAGGGACAACAUAAAACUACACAUGUAUGGUUACUUAGAAAUUGCAUGCAAUGAAAUCUCUUUAAAAACGUAGAUAUGUCGGGACUUCGUCUUGGAAGAGACUCCCGUGGUUCGAUUCUCGUAAGGGAUUGAUACACCACUCACUAGUAAUCACGCUGGUACAAAUAGUUCCACUCAGUAGAUCGACAUUAUCGCCUGGUGAAGGCCUGCGGUACACGGUCGAAACGUCGCGAUCAAUGACUGAGGUCAUAACGCAGUGUUAUCGCGAGACAAACGAUAAACAAAUUCCUUUAUGCAGCUGUUUACACAUAGGAAUAUCUCUCACGAAACAUCUUUAUAUUGUUUAACAGGUACCUGGGUGAGGACUCACAUGUUUGCCUUGCAUCGUAAUCCACAUGUGUGGAAGGACCCAGAGGUCAGUGCGCUGAAAUUCAGGGCAGUGUUAAACUUGCAAGGAAACUCGCAACAGCUGCUUAACAAAACUUAUCUUUUAGAGUGAAACCAGCAACUUUGUGCAUUCUUCAAUUACUCAUGCCGAUUUUAUUUUUUAGACUUUUGAUCCUCUUCGUUUCACCAACGAAAACAUGAAAGAAAUGUCUCCAUAUGCGUACAUUCCCUUUUCUGCUGGACCAAGGUAAGGCUUCAAAUUUAAAUGUAUUUAAAAACAAUUUCGUCUACGCUAAGAACAACGAAAUGAGGAUUUUUCUCGGGAGACCACAAAAAAACCUCAGCAUACUUUGUGGCCCUUGAUGUCUUGAACGAUUCACUUAAUAACGGAUCUUAGGACUUUCUGACCCCUCAAUAGAGCAGAAUCAAACAAUUAGAGGUGCGUCCCUUCAUACAUCGACCCGCGACAAAGGCGUGGUUCUGUGCAUGUGGAUCAAGUUGUCCGCGCGAUGUAUAUUAUUGAUAUUUUAUUGACUAUUUCCUGACGUUGUGGGAAUGUAAACACCUGGGAGAUGUUUUACAAAGUCUACUCUCUAUAACUCCCUUUAUUUUCUCUUGCCCUUGUUCGUAAAUUCCCCACCCACUCUUUGCGUAAAUAAGCAACAUCAUAUUGUAACCCAGAUCUCCCUCGCUUAAGAGGAGCCGGGGAGUCUGUGGUCAGGCACCUCUGAGGUCUGAGGUCGAGAUCGUCCAACAGCAUGUUCAAAUUUUCUUAUUUCAAUUAUCAGCAGCUUUUAAGACGUGAGAGAAAAAGAGAUCGGUUUUUACAUCACCCUUCGUAAUUCAAGACGGUACUAUCAUUUAUGCUUUCAGAAACUGUAUCGGCCAAGCGUUUGCCCUUGCUGAGAUCAAAACAGCUAUUGCAAUGAUUCUUCGCAAGUAAGUGAAAAAACUAAAACAACUGAGUCUGAAGUUUUGUUAAUAACCAGGCGAAUGAAGUCUCAUUUUUACAGGGUUAGCCUUAUCUCAAGUUAAUAGAUGCAGAGUCUUCCGCGGGCAACCCACGUUGAAGUUGUUUUACUGAGACACUUGAUUUUAAGUGUCUCAUACAUUCAAAUUGUUUCCAAUGUAUUCCUCACUCAUUCCCCGGGACUACUCGUCUUUGGGAAACGAGAAGACUCUCGGGACAAUCUUACAUUAGCCUCGUCUGCAGGCUAGUUACAGUUCACUACCAAUAUUUAAGUGGUCUAUAGCGGGCAUCCACUCACGUGACUAGGGGCCACCAUUUUCACAGAGAAGUCGUUACGUCACUUUGCCAUGGUAACAAAAAAAAUGACAUGUAGGACUUCCCUGCGCAUGACUGCACUCAGGAACAAAUCAAUAGCCCAUAGUUUCGUUCCAUCGUUGGACAAUGCAAAUGGCCGUCUCCGUCAAGAAAAAUUGUUGGGAUGCAAAAAUAUUGCUACCACGUCACACUUUUUCUCUCUACUGGAACAGACGAGAGUGUUCAUUCGAGAAAAGAGUUAAAUCCGCACAGGAGUAUUGACCACUACAGAAAAUACCAUAACAUACCAAAGAACUCUUUGUUAGUCACUCCAAAACUUUGCAUAAGCAUUGUCUUCAGUUUCUCUUUGGAGUGCAAAUGGCCCCAAAAGAAACUGAAAUUACUGAAAUUAGGGCUUUGGACGACCAACAAAGAGUAUUAUGGUAAGUUAUGGUAUUUUCUGUAAUGGUCAAUUUUAACACCCUAUUAAUACACCAAUAAGCACAAAGUAAAAGCUUGGUUUCCUUCUGACAGGUUUGAUUUAAGCGUAGCCCCACAGAACAUUGUAUCAAAUGAAGAUCUCCAAUCUCAUCUGAUUCUUAAAGCGAGAAAUGGCAUUGUGGUGAAUAUCUCACCGAGGUCUACUCCCUAGAAGGUGAAAACGAAACAAGAUUGUUCAAGAAUUCAAUGGCUGUUUGCCUAACUCGGUACUCUGAAACUUAGCUAAUGUAAUGUAAGAGGUGUUUUAAAAAUACUUUGUCAUGCCAGACUACUGCAAAACAGUCCGUAUUUUUGCGUAUUCAAGGCUCGUGUGGGUCGCGCGUGGGAGACUUUAAACCGAUUUGGAGAAAAAUAAAAAACCGACUGUUUGCAGUGUAUUGUUAUGCAUAAUCACCAUCGCGAUUUCUACAAACAAAAGAACCUCAAAUAAGCAGUGAAUAUUAACUCAGAAGCGACAUCGCCAAAUGACUAUGGCAAAUGGAAAAAUGAUGGCCAAAAUUUAUUGAAACUGAAACGGCUUCAUUCAGGGUAGGAAACAUUUUCGAGCAUGUGACAUUUAUGCAUGCCUUUUGAGGCGCACGUUUUUAAGUACUUCUCGGUCGUUUCCUUUUCAAUUUCGCUUUAAUUUUAACUUUGAUGAUCGAAAAGCCUUGCAUGUACGAAAUAUUAGCAUGUUUACCGUAAAAACAAAUAUUAUCCCCGUUUUUUGAAGCAUUCUCUUUUUCCAUUUUUAAAUCGGUCACUCGCGGGAAAUCGUAAAUAUUGUUCAAGUUAGUGCGUAGUUUCGUAUGAAAAAGUUUGUGUUAUGUAUUUCUUUAAACCCCCAAAAAUAUUGUUUUAAAGUGAUUGUUAAAAACAUAUGCAUUUCAAGUCUUGUUAAACUGUAUAGUCAUCUAAAAG